AUGAGCCACCUCUUCAGUCCCCGGCUGCCUGCUCUGGCCGCCUCGCCCAUGCUGUAUCUCUACGGCCCCGAGAGACCCGGGCUGCCUCUGGCCUUCGCCCCCGCGGCGGCUCUGGCUGCCUCGGGCCGGGCGGAGCCCCCCCAGAAGCCGCCCUACAGCUACAUCGCGCUCAUCGCCAUGGCCAUCCAGGACGCGCCCGAGCAGAGGGUCACGCUCAACGGCAUCUACCAGUUCAUCAUGGACCGCUUCCCCUUCUACCACGACAACCGGCAGGGCUGGCAGAACAGCAUCCGCCACAACCUCUCGCUCAACGACUGCUUCGUCAAGGUGCCCCGAGAGAAAGGGCGGCCGGGCAAGGGCAGCUACUGGACGCUGGACCCGCGCUGCCUGGACAUGUUCGAGAACGGCAACUACCGGCGCCGGAAGAGGAAGCCCAAACCGGGCCCCGGGGCCCCGGAGGCCAAGCGGGCCCGCGCCGAGACGCACGAGCGCGGCGCAGGGGCGCGGCCGGACGCGGGGAGCGCAGCUGUGCGCCCGGGCCCCACGGCCCCCCGCCACGAGGGAGCGCCCGUGCGUCCCUCGCCCCUCCGCUGGCCUGGGCCUGAGUCCCCGGACCGGGACGCGGGCGACGCCGUCCAGGGCGCAGCGGCAGUGGCGGUGGGCCAGCCAGCGCGUACGGUGGACGGCCCGGGGUCCCCUCCGCGCCCCGCCUCCCGCAGCUCGGCGAAGAGCUCCGACAAGGCCAAGAGCUUCAGCAUAGACAGCAUCCUGGCGGGCAGGCAGGGCCAGAAGCCGGCUGGAGGGGGCGAGCUUCUGGGGGGCGACAAGCCGGGACCCGGCGGCUGUCUGGGUGCCUCGCUUCUGGCCGCCGCCUCCAGCCUCCGCCCGCCUUUCAACGCUUCGCUGAUGCUCGACCCGCACGUGCAGGGUGGCUUUUACCAGCUCGGGAUCCCCUUCCUCUCCUAUUUCCCUCUGCAGCUCCCCGACACGGUGCUUCACUUCCAGUAA